AUGGCGUCCAUCAAGUCCACUCCUCUUCUCUCCACAUCGGUUCGAGCUAACGGAUGCACCUCACGAAUCCUACAUGGGUACACCAUGAAGGGGGUGCUAUCUACUCAGUGGAUAUCCAUCCAACUAUGGAUAAAUUGGCUUCAUGUGGCCAAGGAGAUGUUGAGUGAGAAAGCAUAUGCUGAUUUAACGUGCCAUAAGGUCCUAGCCAGAAUACAACAUCAAGCUGGAGUAAACUGUGUACGAUGGUCUCAUGAUGGUGCUUUGCUAGCUUGUGCUUCAGACGAUAAAGUGAUUACUAUCUAUGAGUACGGAGGUCGUGUACAGUCGGCUGGUUCUAUAGGAAGCAAAAAUGUUGUAAAUGUGGAAAAAUAUCGCCUCACCCAUACGCUUCACACUCAUUCUAUGGAGGUGUUAAGUGUAGAAUGGUCCAGUGACGGUCGCUACAUGGCGUCUGCAUCUAUGGAUAAUACGGUUGUCGUUUGGAAUGCAAAAAAGCUGCCAGAACGGAUCGUUGUACUAGAUAAUUCACGUGGUGGGCACAAUGGUCCAGUUAAAGGAUUGAGUUGGGAUCCAAUCGGGAAAUAUCUGGCCACGCAAUCGGCUGAUAAGUCGCUUCGACUGUGGACCACAGAUAACUGGCAGUGCGAUACGGUGAUCACAAAACCAUUCAGUCAGAGCAGUCAAACAACGAUGUUCUCAAGGCUAGAUUGGUCUCCUGACGGUCAAUUUUUAUUUGCCCCAUGUGCUAUGAAUAAUCAAGGACCAACAGCACAAAUUAUUAUGCGAAAAGAUUGGGACACGGACCUGGAUCUUGUCGGUCAUCGGCGGGCUGUAACUGCAAUCCGUGUAUGUCCACGUCUUCUUUCUUAUGUGGAUUACGCAGGAAAAACAAUCCAGGUUACGUGCGUUGCAAUCGGGUCACGUGAUAAAUCGCUGUCAGUGUGGGUCCUACCACGAGUAAAGCGACCAGUAGUGGUGCUGCAACGACUCUUCAAGCACUCUGUUACGGAUAUGUCGUGGCGCGGCACAGAUCUGGUGGUAUCUUCUCAAGAUGGCUCUAUAAAAUAUCUCUCUUUUCGAGAGAAAGAGCUUGGAACGAUGUUAACAUCACAGAAAAUGGGGAACGUCUGUGAAUCCCUUUACAAAAUUCGACCGGCUCAGUACUGUAACUACAGCAAUGGAAAUGCAUUAGAUACACCUUCAAAAGCAAACAGUUCAUUCAUUGACUCGCCGGAAGAGUUGAUGGCGAAAAGAAAGGCUGAGGCGGCUAUAACUAAGGAAUCGACAAAAUCUGCAGAAGUGACAGCGCCGGUUGCGAAACCUACGCAGACCGCCACAACCAAAUCGCUUACGGAACAGAGGCAACAGCAAGUCGAGGUUCGAACGUCCGACGGAAAACGCCGAAUCCAGCCGAUAUUUCUCGGAUCAACCGUUGACGAUGAGCUGGCACCAGCACCUCCUUCAGGCGCUAGCAAAGCACAACCUCCAUCUGAAGCUGCGCUCACGGAAGAUCCAAUGACGUCCGAUGGAGACGAAACUGGCGGACGGGACAAAUCCCCAUCGAAGUCAGUAGGCCGGUUGGCUUCAACUGAUGAUUCUAUGGUAGAAAGCACAGACGAGGACGUGGAUUCUUCAGACGUUGACGCGAAGGGUGAAAAAGAAACGCCACAAUUUGACGAGUUAAGUAGAAGAACGAAAAUGAUGAUGGCAGACUUUAAGAAACCUACUCUUCGUCCAGUAGAUUCAACUAGAGUUGAGGUGACACCCGCAAGUGCUGUUCUGGAUGUGCCAGAACAACGUCCAACGAUCAGCGAAGGAGUGCAAGGGGUGCUUGGUGAUACAAUAGAAGUGGACAACGACUGGAUUAUGGGUGGUGUUAGAGCCAGCAAAAUAUCCUAUCAUCAUUCACGAAAUCCCAUUUGGAGUGCAGAAAUCGGGCCGUCUGUGGCUGUUGUCGUAGCGAAUCGAUUUUGGACCGUUGCUGGAUGUUAUGAUCGUAGCGUUUUUGUGUAUGCAAGCAGCAACGGGAGGUUACACUUUCGCAAUCAACUAGAUUCUGCACCAGUUCGUUUAGGGAUCAAUGGUCAUAAGAUGUACAUAUUGACACAGACAGGUCACUUAAGCACAUGGGAUGUUGACAAAAUGAGGGCCAUAUUAUCCAGACAAUCUAUUGCAGAUUGUGUUGCGAAAGAUGCGAAUUUGACCUCAAUAUCGGUGACACCCACAGGGAUACCGUUGCUGGGCUUCUCAACUGGCAAUAUUUUUACAUUCUCUUUGGAUAUGAACUGUUGGCAAAUAGUUGAUUCGAUGACACCUCUAAUGAAGCUAUGUGACUCGAUAGAUGGCGAUGAGUUGCCUGAUGGACCAGUUGGACGACUUUUGAAGCGACGGAAGCGACCUGGACUCCUGCCGUCCAUUCCAAGGACAGUGAGUUUAUCAGUGAAGGAGUCGUUGCUGGAAGGCUGGCUGCAGGCUGCGAAAACGGCUGGCAGUUCUAUGGAUUAUCGCGGUUUGCUAAUGACCUAUGUGCAACAGUUGGUCCGGAAUCGAUCCCUCUCCAAGAUUUCUGACGUUUUAAACGAUCUCAACGAACAAGGCAGUGUUUGUGGAGUGCUGCGAAGUGCACUGAGAGAAGAUGUCGAAAAGAUAGUUAUUUCCGAUCCUGUGACAUCAUCGUUAGUGAGACCGAAGGAUGCUGGUGGUUUAGUGUUUUAA